GUGACUCCGUGACCCUGCAGGCAGCCACAGCACGAUGACCUACAGCCUGACCCGGAAGUCGCAGAUCUCCCGUGAGCGCUCACGUCUGCUACGCCUGCUCGGCCAGGUCGCGCCAUGUGUCACUGGGCCCGCGGUGCUGCGGUGGGGAGUCACGCAGACCCGUGACGUCACACAGCAGCUGGAUGCGGGUGCGCGCUACCUAGACCUAUCCGUCGCCCUCGCGCCAGGCGGCUCCGACCAGAACCUGCGCUUCGAGCACGUGACAUACAGCACGGCACUGGUGGAGGACACGCUGACGGAGGUCGCGGAGUGGCUGGAGUCCCACCCCCGCGAGGUCGUCAUCCUUGACUUCCGGGGCUUCGCGGGGAUGACGCACAUGCUGCACGACCACCUAGUGGGGGCCUUGGCCAACAUCUUCGAAGGCGCGAUCUGCCCGCGCGCGGAGGCCCCUACACUGAGGCAGCUGUGGGCACGCGCGCAGCAAGUGAUCGUGAUGUAUGCGGAAGAAGCCGCUGUGCAACGUCAUGCGAUGCUGUGGCCUGGGGCCUCUCACUGGGAGACCAUCGCGGCCAACACACAAGGGCUGCUGGGAUACCUGGAGGACAUGAAAGGCCAAGGCCGCCCAGGCAGCUUGUUCGUGGCGGACGCAACCCUCACCCCGGACUCCUGGUACGCGCUUGCACACCCAGUCGGGUCUCGGGAGAAGAUGGCGCUGCAGGGUCUCCCAGCGCUGACUGCGUGGGUGCGCGCACAGCGCCCUGGACCGGAGCCCGGCUGUACCAACAUCAUCGCCUGCGACUUCAUAGGCUCUGGUGCCAGCUUUGCACGUGACAUCAUCGCCCUCAACCAGAAGCUACUGCUGCCGCCGCCAUGACGUCACCUGCCAGUCACUUCU